AUGUGGGAGAGCUUUGGUGUGAGGCGGGGGAAGGAGAGGCAGACACCGAAGGAGAAGCGAGUGACCCGCUUGAAACGCAUGUUGGUGCUGGCGAGACAGGCGCGCGAGCACAAGCGAGGGUGGCAGCGCGAGCGCGUGGGCAGCAUGCCGGGUGCGAUGCGGCGGCGUGUGCUGGCAGGGCUGAAGGAGGUGGGGCAGGCGGUGCGCAGUGGGAGGGCCAAGUGUGUGGUGCUGGCGCCUAAAGUGGAGGAGGUGCCUGGGAGGGGUGAGGACAGGGUGAGGGGAGGGUUGGGGAAAGGGAGAAUAAGUGUGGUGAGGGAGAGCAGUGUCCAAGUGCGUGGGGAUUGA